AUGAGCAGUGACGUGGAUGCUGGAAAGCCGAAGGCCAGCCAGCAUCGAAAAUGUUUUCAGACUGCUCAUUUUUAUGUGGAAGAUAGUAGUUCACCUCGUGUGGUUCCCAAUGAAAGUAUUCCUAUUAUUCCUAUUCCAGAUGACAUGGAAGCCAUUCCCGUCAAACAGUUUGUUAAACACAUUGGUGAGCUCUAUUCUAAUAACCAGCAUGGGUUCUCUGAGGAUUUUGAGGAAGUCCAGCGCUGUACGGCUGAUAUGAACAUCACUGCAGAACAUUCCAAUCAUCCAGAUAACAAGCACAAAAACAGAUACAUCAACAUUUUAGCAUAUGAUCACAGUAGAGUGAAGUUAAGACCUUUACCAGGAAAAGACUCCAAGCACAGUGACUACAUUAAUGCAAACUAUGUCGAUGGUUACAACAAAGCGAAAGCCUACAUCGCCACCCAGGGACCUUUAAAGUCUACAUUUGAAGAUUUCUGGAGGAUGAUUUGGGAACAAAACACUGGAAUCAUUAUCAUGAUUACAAACCUUGUGGAAAAAGGAAGGCGGAAAUGUGAUCAGUAUUGGCCAACAGAAAAUAGUGAGGAGUAUGGAAACAUUAUUGUCACACUGAAGAGCACAAAAGUACAUGCCUGCUAUACCAUUCGUCGUUUUUCAGUUAGAAAUACAAAAGUGAAAAAGGGUCAGAAAGGAAAUCCCAAGGGUCGUCAGAAUGAAAGGGUAGUGAUCCAGUAUCACUACACACAGUGGCCUGAUAUGGGAGUUCCCGAGUAUGCCCUCCCAGUCCUGACUUUCGUGAGGAGAUCCUCAGCAGCCCGGACUCCAGAAAUGGGCCCUGUGUUGGUGCACUGCAGUGCUGGUGUGGGCAGGACAGGCACCUACAUUGUAAUAGACAGCAUGCUACAACAGAUAAAAGACAAAAGCACAGUUAAUGUCCUGGGAUUCCUGAAGCAUAUUAGGACACAGCGAAACUACCUCGUCCAGACUGAGGAGCAGUACAUUUUCAUUCAUGAUGCCUUGUUGGAAGCCAUUCUUGGAAAGGAGACUGAAGUAUCUUCAAAUCAGCUGCACAGCUAUGUUAACAGCAUCCUCAUACCGGGAGUAGGAGGAAAGACUCGACUGGAAAAACAAUUUAAGCUGGUCACACAAUGUAAUGCAAAAUACGUGGAAUGCUUUAGUGCUCAGAAAGAGUGUAACAAAGAAAAGAACAGAAACUCUUCAGUUGUGCCAUCUGAGCGUGCUCGAGUGGGUCUUGCACCGUUGCCUGGAAUGAAGGGAACAGAUUACAUUAAUGCUUCUUAUAUUAUGGGCUAUUAUAGGAGCAAUGAAUUUAUUAUAACCCAGCAUCCUCUGCCACAUACUACGAAAGAUUUCUGGCGAAUGAUAUGGGAUCAUAAUGCACAGAUCAUUGUCAUGCUGCCAGACAACCAGAGCUUGGCAGAAGAUGAGUUUGUGUACUGGCCAAGUCGAGAAGAAUCCAUGAACUGUGAGGCCUUUACUGUCACCCUUAUCAGCAAAGACAGACUGUGCCUCUCUAAUGAAGAACAAAUUAUCAUCCAUGACUUUAUCCUUGAAGCUACACAGGAUGACUAUGUCCUAGAAGUUCGGCACUUUCAGUGUCCCAAAUGGCCUAACCCAGAUGCCCCCAUAAGCAGUACCUUUGAACUUAUCAACGUCAUCAAGGAAGAGGCCUUAACAAGGGAUGGCCCCACCAUUGUUCAUGAUGAGUAUGGGGCAGUUUCAGCAGGAAUGUUAUGUGCCCUUACCACCCUGUCCCAGCAACUCGAGAAUGAAAAUGCUGUGGAUGUUUUCCAGGUUGCAAAAAUGAUCAAUCUUAUGAGGCCUGGAGUAUUCACAGACAUUGAACAAUACCAGUUUGUCUAUAAAGCAAUGCUCAGCUUGGUCAGCACUAAAGAAAAUGGAAAUGGUCCCACGACAGUGGACAAAAAUGGUGCUGUUCUAAUUGCAGAUGAAUCAGACCCUGCCGAGAGUAUGGAGUCUUUAGUGUGACUGGAAUCCUGAAAGGGCACUUAAUUUGUAAACUUCUGAAGACUGAGAACUUUUUUGAGGCCUUUUUUGCCAGACUCUAGGUUAUACAAUAACCCAGUUACUUUUUUACACUGAUAAAAGUUUUGAUAUUUAUUUUUUGCCAUUUUAUGUCUUAAUGGUAUCCUACUGAGCAUUUGCACCUCUGUUCAUUUCACACAGUGAAACGCAAUUUUACCUAGUUUGCACUAUAUGAUCAGUGUUACUGCCUAUAAUCUAAUACUAAAGCAAACCCUGAUAUGACAUUCCAUGACG